AUGCGUUCGCAGGACAUACCACUGAGUGGCCCAGUCAUACUGGCAAAGGCAGCGGACUUCGCCCUGCAGCUGGACUACGACGACUUCGCUGCUUCAGAUGGGUGGCUGCACCGUUUUCGCGAGCGUUACGACCUCGUUUUCCGUGCUGUGUCGGGUGAAAUGAACGCCGUCAACAUGGAAACGUGUGAAGGUUGGCGCUCUGAGGUGCUUCAAGGCUACAUGGAAAAGUAUUCUCCGCAGGACAUAUUCAAUGCGAAUGAAACUGCCUUAUUUUUCAAAUUGCUGCUCGCCAAAACUAUCACGUAUAAAGGCGACAAGUGCACGGGAGGGAAAAAAAGUAAAGAACGGAUAACUGUGAUGCUUGUUGCGAACAUGACUGGGACUGAGAAGUUGCUGCUGUUCGUGAUAGGCAAAUCGAGAAAUCCUCGUUGCUUCAAGAACAUCUGGUCCCUCCCAUCAGACUACGCGGCCAACAAAAAGGCCUGGAUGACGGGGGAAUUGUUCGCGCAGUGGCUAGGGAAGCUUGACAAGAAGUUCGAACGCUGUGGCCGCAAAGUCCUGCUUCUUGUGGACAACUGUUCGGCUCAUAAAGUCGACGUUGAGACGAAGGCCAUUGAGCUGGCCUUCCUUCCAGCAAACACGACAGCGGUACUGCAGCCCAUGGACCAGGGUAUAAUUAAAAAUUUAAAAUCAUUUUAUCGGCGUCAAAUGUUGGAACGAAUUAUUUUGUGCAAUAACUACCAAGUGAUGCUCCUGAGUGCACUACACAUGCUUGUGCGUGUUUGGGAGCAAGUGACAGCGCUUACGAUAGCAAAUUGCUAUCGCCACUGUGGCUUCAGCACAGAAGCUCUGCAAGCUGACGAGCCACCGGUGCUCGAACACGGCGUCACCGCCCCCAUGGCGGACGUUUUGGAAGACGUCUGCUUUGCGGACUACGUCGAUGUGGACUCAAGUGCAGUGGUGUGUGGUGCACUCACGGAUGACGACAUAACAUGUCAGGUGAGAAGUGCAGAACCUGUCGCUGCCAGUGACGAUGAUGAGGAGGAGGACGAAGCACCAGUGCGGCCCUCUGCUGCGGAAGUCAUGGCCAGAUUGAAUGCCGCCCGUCUCUUCUGA